GAAAACAGGAUCCCAAGUGGUUGCCUUGUCCGGGUUACUUAGAGGCUGUUGAGGAAGAUGAGAUAGAAGUAGAUGACACCAACAUCCUGAGAUCUUUGCCUGCAGCUCAAGCAAACUGUAGAAAACUUCCCUGGAAAUACUGAAGGUCAAAGAUCCCCCAGGAGACCAGGCUGCACUUUGGCGUAAAUUGCAAUCGAUUAGGGAUCGUUUCUCAGACUCGAGUUAGAAGUGAGAGUUCAGAUAAGUGAGGCCACCAUUGCUGCUUUGAACACCUCAGAAGGGGAGAAUGGAUUUAUCAGGAGUGAAAAAGAAGAGCUUGCUAGGAGUCAAAGAAAAUAAUAAAAAGUCCAGCACUAGGGCUCCUUCUCCUACCAAACGCAAAGACCGCUCUGAUGAGAAGUCCAAGGAUCGUUCUAAAGAUAAAGGGGCCACCAAGGAGUCAAGUGAGAAGGAUCGUGGCAGGGAUAAAACUCGGAAGAGGCGCAGCGCUUCCAGUGGUAGCAGCAGCACCAGGUCCCGGUCCAGCUCUACCUCUAGCUCGGGCUCCAGCACGAGCACGGGCUCCAGCAGUGGCUCAAGCUCUUCUUCAGCGUCUAGCCGCUCAGGAAGCUCCAGCACAUCCCGUAGUUCCAGCUCCAGCAGCUCCUCUGGCUCGCCAAGUCCUUCUAGGCGCAGGCAUGAUAACAGGAGGCGCUCCCGCUCCAAAUCCAAACCACCCAAAAGAGAUGAAAAGGAAAGGAAAAGGCGGAGUCCUUCCCCUAAGCCCACCAAAGUACACAUCGGUAGGCUCACCAGGAAUGUGACUAAGGACCACAUCAUGGAAAUAUUCUCCACCUAUGGGAAAAUUAAAAUGAUUGACAUGCCUGUAGAAAGGAUGCAUCCCCAUCUGUCUAAAGGCUAUGCAUACGUGGAGUUUGAGAACCCAGACGAAGCCGAGAAGGCACUGAAGCACAUGGAUGGAGGACAAAUCGACGGCCAGGAGAUCACUGCCACCGCUGUGCUAGCCCCCUGGCCUCGGCCGCCCCCCAGGCGAUUCAGCCCUCCGAGGAGGAUGCUGCCACCACCUCCCAUGUGGCGUCGGUCGCCCCCACGAAUGAGAAGAAGGUCACGCUCCCCGAGGCGCAGGUCCCCCGUGCGCCGGCGGUCUCGCUCCCCUGGCCGCCGCCGCCACAGGAGCCGUUCCAGCUCCAACUCCUCCCGAUAAGCAGGGCCCCCGGAGCUCUGCGCCCUGUGACUUCGAUCCCAUCCACUUCAGCUUUGUCACUUUUCUAGCCAAAGGAGGGUUGGUUGGAAAUUCCUCACUCAGGGCAGGCUUCGAGGACAGCAACUGAGACGUUUCCUCUGAAGGCAGAGUUCCAGAGCAGUGUUCAUGGUUUGGGGUUGUGCCUGUAAGCAUGCCCUCCAGGUUUCUGGCUAGAAAGCUCCCAUAUUUCCAGUUCCUAAGAGAGUCCAUCCAGUGGCAAAGCCAGCAGGGACAAAGCAGGGCUCCAGGUGGUAGUGUGGCCCCAGCCUGGGGGUGGUGUACCUGUUUCAUUUCCACAAAUGACUGGGGGCCGGUCGGGGGUCCCGGUCCUGCCAUCGCUUGUUGGUCUGCAGGGUCCCUCAGGAAAGGGUGCACCUGGGUGCAGCUGCCGUUCCUGCUCGCCUUGGCCCUGCUCCCCUGAUCGGCUCCUCUUCCAGCACCUGCGGUCAAACGGCCCCUGUUAGUUCCGGGAAAUGGUUCUGUUUCUACUUGUACUCACGCACGCACAUACCCCAUGUCUCCCUUCCUCUGAAAUUGGUGGGCAUAACGAGAGCCAGCUCUGCAGGGUCAUCAUGGACCACCCCCUGCUGCAGCUGCUGCUCAGGGUGCUCUUGCAGGUUACCUGGGCAACAUGUACAUUGCUUCUCUUGGCUUUUAUUGUACAGUCAGUACUAUAAAUUUGUUGUUUUGAGUUUUGUAACUUGUAGCAUUUUAGGCGCCGUUGUGUUUGUACUUUGUUGUGUAGAGUGAAGGGAUUGUGUUGAAUAAACAGGAUUAGAAUACAGUGA